UGUGGUCCCCUGUGGUCACCGUGCCAUGGCAUCAUGCCAGAUAAAUAGUGACGUCAGCCGUCGAACACCGCUAAGGUCAAAGUCCGUCAUAUGCCUGGCGAGAAAAUGGCGUCAAAACUUCUGAUGCUGUUCGUCCCACUGGCAGCGUUCCUGUUCCAGCGCCUGUUCCAGCCUAGUCUUCAGUUCGGUGACCACAGGGAGACGGUGUACAAUCACGUGCCUGGCACGUGCCGGCCGGUGGAGGGGGUCGUGCAUGGGUCGGAGGACAUCGUACGUACCCGGGACGGGCUCGCCUUCAUAUCCACGGGGUUAAUAGCGUCCCCCGUCUUCAACCCUGACCCCUGGUACCUACAGCGGAAAGGGAAGAUCCUCCUUUUUAACCUCAAGAACCCUGAGGACGGAGUGAGGGAGUUGAAGAUUGAGCCGCGGGAGAAGUAUGAGGACCUGCAGCCACACGGGUUGGGUCUGUACGAGAACCAGGCUGGAGAAAUCCGACUCUUUGUUGUUAACCAUCUCAAGGACGGAGAACGAGUGGAGAUUUUUCGUUACGUGCGGCCAGAGGGCAAACUGAAGCUUAUCAGAUCCGUACAGGACCCCUUGUUGUACAGCGUCAACGACGUGGUCGCCAUGGGAACGGACGCUUUCUUCGCCACCAACGACCAUUACUGCCGUGCUCCCUGGGCCAAGAAGCUGGAACGGUUCCUGGGGCCAGCCUGGUCUAACGUGGUCUACUACAAUGGCUCGGUCGCCUCUGUUGCUGCGGAUGGGUUCUCCGUCGCCAACAGCGUCGUAACGCCUCCUAGCGGCGAGGUCGUGUACGUCAGCGACUCGCUGCAACAGGACGUUAAAGUGUUCCGACCUCGCCCCGACCACAGUCUGGAGCUGCAGAGCGUCAUACACCUCUUCACUGGGGUGGACAACCUGAACAUCUGUCCGGACACAGGUGACCUGUGGGUAGCUGCUCAUCCCAGUGUGACGGACAUCUUCAAACAUAUACAAGACAGACGCCACCUAGCGCCUUCCCAGGUACUGCGGAUCCAGGACCCGGCGGGAGCCUCCCCGGAAGUGACGGAGCUGUACGCUAACGACGGGCGGCAGCUGAACGGCUCCAGCGCGGCGGUGGUCUACAACAGACGCCUGCUCAUAGGGACCGUGCACGACACGCUGCUCUACUGUGACGUCACGGUCCCGCUGUGACGUCAUGGUAUCCAUAGCAACACAUAAUCUUGAUAGGAACUGUGCAUGAUACACUGCUCUUCUGUGUCCUACUAUCCCACAUCACAGAAAAAACAUUCUGGUAUGAACCAUGACGAUACAGUGCUCUACUGACGUCACGGUCCCGUUAAGAACACCGAAAUGACAUCACUAAAUCCCAUUGCAACCAAAGGUCCACCAUACUGCAGGUAUUUGGUUUUUUUUUGGAAACGGACGAAAAUCCAUGCGCGCGUGGAUGUCAUCCAUAUAAUCAAAUCUACAUGGCUUUACUUAAAAGUCGUUUUGAAGAAAAGCAUACCAUGUCCUUGCAGUGAUAUGUAUAACCGCCAGAGGUCGCCUAACAUAACUUGGAUCAAGGACAGGUGAACAUACCAGCUGUUAUCAACGGCACAAGUGUUUAUAUCCGCGCGGCGGUGUAAACAUUAGGUUAACGGGUAGUUCUUGACAUGGUGGCCAGGGUAGGAAUGUGUGUAAUUGAGCGUCUAGUGAUAGUUUAAUGCACAAUUCCAUGUUGUUUGUAGGUGACACCAAUCCUUCUUGUAGCUACAUAUGUACUUUAUGCUUCUGUUCCGUCCUCCAUUGACCCUUAUACACGUUUCAGAUGUGGUUGGAAGCAGUUUCACUCCACUUUCCUCCCAAUGUCUAAUCACCGUUGAAUUAAGCACCGGCUGCUUCAUGGAACAGUUCCGCCUUCUGGAAAAAACGACCUCGUCUCUUUGCCUUUUGACAUGGACCAGAAUAAUAAGAUCUUCGCCUACAGUACUGUGGUCUUUACCUUUCUCCCUUUGUUUGAUUUAUUGAGGUGCAGACUGAUGAGAUAUUUGCCAAAGGCGGGGAGAUAUGCCCUUCGCAGGUAUAGUCCAUAGUAGAGAUGGCACUGGCACGGUGCUUGGAGGCGCUUUCCAACGUGAACCUUCCAUAAAAUUACAAAAGUUGGUGUUCCAAAUCGUGUUAACAAGUUUUAUGUUGUCCAGAACAGUUUCUUCCACACGUGCAUGCUAAUAUAACGUUGUUCUGUCUCUGUUCUUCUUCAUAUCUUCUUAUUUCAUAGAACUUUCAGUGCUUCGUUUUUUGUCUUGUUAUCCUAUAAACCAACCAACACAUCCAUCGAAAGAUAACCCUAAAAAGUGAUAGGAAUUCUUUGCGCUCACUGACCAGUGUAACACGGCCGGGUGUUUAAACGCCCCCCUGGUACAACCAACGGCCCAGUUGAUGUUUAUAUGGGCGGAGCAAAAUAAACGCU